AUGAGCCCCGCCGGAGCUUUGAUAGUUUUCAUCGCCCUGUUUCCGCUACUCACCGCUGUAGAUGGUGCCCAAAACAACCAAACAGAAGCCGAUAACGAAUCUUUAAUGGACAAAGGUAGAACGUUCGUCAGGAACUCCCUGAAACGCUUCGCGGUACUCCUGCCGGUGGUUUUCUUCAAACUAGGCAUAGCCUUCGCGAUGCUGCUGCUGGUCACCGUCGUAUCGGUGAACAACGGCUUCAUAGGCUUCCUCCUGCUGGUGGUCGGCUUGAGCUCGGUGCUGGCGAGGCUGCAGGAAGCCAGGAAACAACCGCCGGUCGCACCUUACCUAAACCCGCUGCCUAUCUACCAGAACAGGUACGUCCAGGAUUGGGACAGGAAGGAUAACGACGACAGGAUAACCCAAGCUUACAGCAGGUUGUACGGUUACCCGCAACCGGGCGGUUAUUACAAGCAAAACUCGUUGGUCAGUUAG